AUGGUUGUUGUACCUAAAUUUACACCAGAAUUGCUCGUUGCCCUUCCCCAACGGGGCCCGGCAGUUCCAAAUCAUGACGGGACACUUGCAUUGUUCAGCCAAUCAACUCACGAAGUUGGAGGGAAAACCUCAACAGAAUACCGUGUCCUGCAUAUUGGUACAGGCAAAACAGAGCAGUUGAUUGCUGAUGAGAAGGCUAGAGACGUAGUCUGGCUUGGUAAUGGCACCAAUACAGUUCUGUAUCUGAGUCAAAGAGAAGAAGGGUAUACAUGGAUCAAGACGAUUGAUGCUGACACACCUGCGGCCGAGCCAUCCAUCGUGGACUUUAUCGAAGCACCAGUAAAGUCUCUCAAAGUCAAGGCCCUGAAGAAUGGCUCUAUAGCUUUCGUGGUUGCCGGGCUUGCAGAUGUUAAGGGUAUCCUCUAUAACAAGGAAAACGACAAGAAACCGCAUACAGCUAGAGUCACUGACAAUUGGAAUCCUCGUAUAUGGGACUCGUAUCCUGGAUCACAACACUCUACACUAUGGUACACUAGUUUGGUCAGAGAGGACGGUGAUUGGAAACUAAACAAGCCAUUGAAAAAUGUCCUGCGGGAUACGACAUUAACCGCACCACCUUUCAUGUAUGAGCCAGGAGAUCGCAGGAAAGAAUUCGACAUAAGCGAUCGGGGCAUCAUAUUCUCUGCCACCGAACAAAACGUAAACCAUCCCCGAAACGCUCGGUUGACCAGCAUCUACCAUCUCCCCUUGAGCUCCUUCUCCGAUGCCAGCACUUCGGGCCCUUUAAAGAUUUGCUUACAGCAAGACGUCCAUCCUCAAUCAACAACAGGAGACGGUCACUGUUCCCAGCCUAGGUUUAGUCCCAACGGGACCAUGAUCGCUUUCCUGAGAUCAUCCUUUGAAAAGCCUUUGGAAAAAUCAAUAUGGAUAAAACAUGUGGAGUCAUGCAGUGCUAUCGACGUUUGCGCGAUGGUGACAGGCAAGAGUUGGGGCUUGAAACCGGCAUAUUUUGAGUUUGCGCUGGACGGUCACUCUGUUUAUAUCCAGGCCAAGGAUUCCGGGAGAGUCGCUUUGUUCAAGCUGAACCUCCUGCCAAACGCCUGUCCUCAGAUCAUAUUCCGUAACGGGUCCGUUUCAGCGUAUCACCAGUUUCGACCAGAAGACGGGAGUACUACCAAGCUGCUUGUGACAAGUUCCAGCUUCGUCGAACCUUGGAUCUGUCAAAUCAUUGAUAGCUGCCCCAUGAUAGAAUCUGAUCCGUGGAUCGUUUCCAAAACCUCAAAACUAAACAAUAUUGGUUUAUCGCCCAAGCAGGUCUCGGAGAUAUAUUUUGAAGGCACCGCAGACUACUUUGUCCACGCUUGGGUGAUCAAACCGAGGGAUUUUGACCCAAGCAAGAAAAAGUAUCCGCUAUGUCUCCAAGUCCACGGAGGACCCAAUGAUUCUUGGGAUGAUGAAUGGAAUGCGUGGUGGAAUCUAUUAGUAUGGGCUGAGCAAGGCUACAUCGUCGUAGCACCCAACAUCACCGGAAGUGAUGGCUUUGGCUUGGAAAUGGCUGAAGCCAUCCAAGAUAAUUGGGGAGGCCGUCCAUAUGACGAUCUAGUCAACUGCCUCGAACACAUCAAGCAUAUGCCUGGAAUUGAUAUGGACAACGCGGUGGCCGCAGGCGGUAGCUGGGGUGGGUACAUGAUGAAUUGGAUCCAGGGACAAGACCUCGGGCGUCGAUUCAAAGCUCUCGUCUGCCAUGAUGGCAUAUUCCACUUGCCCACGUUCCUUCUACAGACCGACGCCUUGCCACAAUUCUAUCGCGAAUUUGGUGGCCCGCCUUUCAUAUGGAGCAAUUUUGAUGGCUUGGAGCGAUAUAAUCCAGCGCGUCCCGAUUUGCUCCAGAACUGGAAAACUCCGAUGCUAGUAGUUCAUAGCGACAAGGAUUACCGCUGCCCGAUUACUGAGGGAUUGGCAGCUUUUCACACACUGAAAGCGCUUGGCACACCGACGAGAUUUUUGAGUUUUCCGGAUGAGAAUCAUGUUGUGUCGAGAGAAGAGAAUGUACUCGAAUGGAAUCGUCAAGUCUUUGCGUGGAUCAAUGAGUGGUCAGGUAUCGCAACAAGGGAAUAA